AUGCCCAAAGUAAUAUCCUCUCGAGCUGCUGCAGCAGCCGCCCGCAGGCACAAUCCUCUGGCCGAGGAUAUCAUAACCUCGGGCCAUCUUCGAACCCAAUCAAGCAAGAAGAGCAAGCGUCAAGGGCGGCAAGAUGAUGAUGGUGAAGAUGGAGAGCGGUACAUUGACGCGAAAAUGACGAGAAAGAUCUUACAGAUUGGGCAAGAACUGGCGGAAGAAGAUGCCGCGGAGCACGAAGCUGCAAUUGGUGCAGCCAAUAUGGCAACUAAUUCAGCCUUCAAUUUUGAGUCGAGAUUUGAAGAUGAUGAAGCUUUAUCCGACGAUGAGGAGAAGUUUCGCGAAGACGAGUGGGGUGAUGAAGAAGAGGUCGAGGAAGUGGAGGUUGAUCCAAAUGACCUUGACAUGUUCAACAAGUUUAUUCCAGGUGGUGACGAAGAUCCUAUAUUCAAUCCUCGAGGAACCGAUACUGGCCGGAGCACCAAUCUGGCUGAUCUCAUAUUGGAGAAGAUCGCAGAACAUGAAGCGAAACAGUCCGGUAAUGGUGGACCCAUGAUUCAAGGUGGAGGAUUGCCCGAAGACGCCGUUCAGAUACCCGCAAAAGCUGUUGAAGUCUACGAAAAAGUCGGCAUGAUAUUGUCUCGCUACAAGUCCGGACCUCUUCCCAAGCCUUUCAAGAUUCUUCCCUCUGUCCCCAAUUGGCCAACUCUUCUCUCUAUCACUCGCCCCGAGUCGUGGACAGCGAACGCUGUUUAUGCCGGGACUAGGAUUUUCAUAUCAUCGAAGCCAGCCGUUGCACAGGAGUUCAUAUCGACAGUUCUCCUUUACCGCGUUCGAGAGGAGAUUCACGAAACAAAGAAGUUAAAUGUUCAUACCUACAAUGCUCUGAAGAAGGCGCUGUACAAGCCAGCUUGCUUUUUCAAAGGCCUGCUGUUCCCACUGGUAUCGAGUGGUACUUGCACUCUACGGGAGGCGCACAUCGUCUCUUCUGUCAUCGCACGUGUAUCUAUCCCAGUAUUGCACUCCGCAGCUGCUCUACUUCGCAUGUGCGACCUCGCCGCAGAACAGUCUCUCAGAUCUCUCGAAAGCACGGGUGCGGUCAAUGUCUUCAUCCGUGUGUUCCUCGAGAAGAAGUACGCGCUUCCAUAUAAGGUGAUUGACGCUCUCGUUUUCCAUUUUCUGCGCUUCCGCGCUUGCGACAAUGCCGAGGACUCGAUGAUGACCGAUGGACCUUCUGGGGCUGCUACGAAAGCGUAUAAGCUUCCUGUUCUUUGGCACCAGUCAUUAUUGGUCUUUGCCCAACGUUAUCGCAACGAUAUCACUGAAGAUCAGCGUGAAGCUCUCCUUGACCUGUUGUUAGUUCGGGGCCACAAGGAUAUCGGCCCUGAGGUCAGACGGGAAUUGUUGGCAGGUAGAGGACGCGGCGUGGUUGUACCUGACCCAGAAAAGCAGGGCGCUCUCGACGCUGGCGAUGACACGAUGGAUGUCACGUUUUAG